ACGAUCCGCUGGCCACACUAGGCGGUCGGUCUCUGCGUCCGCCCCUCCCCGUGCCUCAGAGACUUGCGCUCCCCAGGCCCGAGCCCGUGGCCCGCGAACCUCUAACUCCAGCCGCUGCAGCCCCCACCCAGGUCCGGCUCCCCGAGCCCCGCGGGCGCCGCGCCUGCCCUUCUUUGGCCACGCGGCAGCCGCGGUGUUGGCGAGUCCUCCCGGGUUGCCCCCGCGGGCGUCAGAGGGAGGGCGGGCGCCCGCGUGGUGACGGCGACGCCUGCAGCCCGAGGAGCGCUCCACUCGCCGCCGCCGGAGGGGCCGGUGACCUCUCGGCUACCCCGCGUCGGAGGCUUAGAUGGCUCAGGCGAAGAUCAACGCUAAAGCCAACGAGGGGCGCUUCUGCCGCUCCUCCUCCAUGGCUGACCGCUCCAGCCGCCUGCUGGAGAGCCUGGACCAGCUGGAGCUCAGGGUUGAAGCUUUGAGAGAAGCAGCAACUGCUGUUGAGCAAGAGAAAGAAAUCCUUCUGGAAAUGAUCCACAGUAUCCAAAAUAGCCAGGACAUGAGGCAGAUCAGUGACGGAGAAAGAGAAGAAUUAAAUCUGACUGCAAACCGUUUGAUGGGAAGAACUCUCACUGUUGAAGUGUCAGUAGAAACAAUUAGAAACCCCCAACAGCAAGAAUCCCUAAAGCAUGCCACAAGGAUUAUUGAUGAGGUGGUCAGUAAGUUUCUGGAUGAUUUGGGAAACGCCAAGAGUCAUUUGAUGUCACUCUACAGUGCAUGUUCAUCUGAGGUGCCACAUGGGCCAGUUGAUCAGAAGUUUCAAUCCAUAGUAAUUGGCUGUGCUCUUGAAGACCAGAAGAAAAUUAAGAGAAGAUUAGAGACUCUGCUUAGAAAUAUUGAAAACUCUGACAAGGCCAUCAAGCUAUUAGAGCAUUCUAAAGGAGCUGGUUCCAAAACUCUGCAACAAAAUGCUGAAAGCAGAUUCAAUUAGUCUUCAGACCCAAGAGCAUUUACACAAUACACAAGGUGUAAACAUGAUAAAGUACUAUUUUAAUUGAUAACUAGUGCUUUAUGUUAGGUAUAACCACUUAGUUGACACUGACAGUUGUUUCAGAUGAGGAAAAUAUUCCAUCAAGUAUCUUCAGUUUUGUGAAAACAAAACUAGCAAUAUUUUAAUUAUCUAAUCCAGAGAUUUUUUUAGAUUGAAUUCUUGUCUUGUACUAGGAUCUAGUAUAUUUCACUAUUCUGUGGUACAUAGUUUGUGGAGAAAACGUGUUCAGCUAGGGGCAAAAGCAUCACUGCUCUUUCCUGUGCUUUGGCAUGGAAUCACACAGUCACCUUGGGCAUUUAGUUGACUAGAAAUUCUUUACCUUAAGCAGCACAUACAUUUACUACACACACAGUGUUAACAAAGCACUGUGCUUAGAGGGAUAAAAAGGAAUCACAAAACAAGAAUCUUUCCAAAGUUGUCUCAUUCGGCAAUGUUAAGGCAUCUGUAUCAAAUUAUUUUGGAUGUAAAGAUUCCUGUGUCUCAUAAUAUGAAUGUAUUUUUUGAUAUACAAGAAACUAUGACAUUAAAUGUGAGAAAACCACCUAUAUUUACCACUGUGAACAAUUAUAUAUCUGCUUCAUCUUUUCUCAAAUGCAUCAAUUCUCUAAAAUUCCUAUAUUGUAACUUGCCUUUUUUUAAAAAAGUUAGAUGCUGAUAUAAAGUCUGCUUAAUUGUCAACUUAAUGAGCUCUAUUUUGUGUAGUUAUAUCUUUAUUUAUCCAUUCCUCUCUUAUGGACAUUUAGGUUGUUUCCAACUUGUUGCUAUUACUGCAACAUAUUUUUGUACACAGGACUUUUUCCUUCUUUCAUUUUUGAUUUUCUCUGUAUAAAGGCACAGCAGUGAAUUAUAUUGGGUCAGAGUAUAGACGUUUUCAUGGCCUCACACAUUAAAAUUUUUUUUGUACAAAGGUUAUAGUAAUUUAUACUUUUUCAGUAAUUAAAGUAUAGCUAUUUCACUGAAA